AUGCGGAUCAUUCAUACUAGACUCUCUCCCAUACUACGACGGAUAUAAACAAUCUCAAUUGCAAUCGUAUGCCGCGAGCUUUGCGAAUAACGUAGCCUAUCCUCGUCCUCUUGUGUCUACACGCAGCGCAGCGAAUAGACAGGAAGGACUCCAUUGGGUUCCACCCCUUAAAUGACAUGGUCUUUCUUCGACCGCGUCGUGGAGCCUCCUUCAACACGCAACGUCUCCUGAACUUCAACAAACCCCUUGGCCAUCUUGAUAUUCUGAUAUCCGCAUUCCAACAACGACAGUGUCGCAUUCUCCAGACCGCCGCUCAUUCUCCGCUCAUUUCUUUACCAUGUACUCGGCCACCCGUUAGACCCUCUGCCCUUCGAUCCAGACGGAGGUAUCCCACAACCUCCUUCGUCAUGUCCGAAUCCUUCCAGCAGACGCGCCAGCACUCUGGUGGCCAUCAUCAUCACGAGGACAACGUAUAUCUGACCUCGACCAACAAGAACGAUGCAGGAGUUAGGAUCACAAGAGUCGGACUCUUCGUCAACCUGGGCAUGGCCAUCAGCAAAGGGAUCGGUGGAUACGUGUUUCAUUCGCAAGCACUUGCCGCCGAUGCCGUCCAUUCCCUCACCGAUCUCGUUUCUGACUUCAUGACACUUGCGACCAUCUCCUGGUCCCUCAAGCCACCCACCGAGCGCUUCCCUACCGGCUAUGGCAAAAUCGAGUCGCUGGGCUCCCUCGGCGUGAGCUCGAUUCUUCUCAUUGGCGGCACCCUCAUGGGAUGGGCCGCGCUCAUCGAUCUCUGCCACACCUACCUCCCCGCGGUGGCAGAAGGAAUGGAAUACCUAGGCAUUGCUGGGCAUGGCCAUUCACACACACAUAUCAUCCCGAAUAUACAAGCCGCCUGGAUCGCGGGAGGGAGCAUUGUUAUUAAAGAGUGGUUGUACCGUGCGACCCUGAAGGUUGCGAAGGAGAGAAAGAGCUCGGUGCUAGAAUCCAACGCGGUUCACCAUCGCGUGGACUCGCUCACGGCCAUCGCCGCGUUGGUAUCGAUCGCCGGGUCAAAUAUUGUUCCCUCGUUCAGGGGGAUGGAUGCUUUCGGCUCUCUGCUGAUCACGUACCUCGUGGUCCGGACCGGCUGGACGAACACCCGGACUUCCUUAAACGAACUUGCCGAUGCGAGCAUGGACGAGGAAGUCAAGGAGCGCGUGAUCAAGGAAGCCGAUCGCGCGUUAGACGACAUGAUGUGGGUCAAAUCCCAUCCGAACGCGCCGGUGGAGAUCCGGAGAUGUCAGGGCAUCAAAGCCGGGCAGAACUACUCCGUGGAAAUCGAGGUUGCGUGUCCGGCCACUUGGACCGUGGAGAAGACGCGGGUGAUCGAGGAGGAGGUUCGCGAGCGGGUGGGGAGCAGGGUGAGAGGGGUCAGGAGAGUACGGGUAAGGUUUGUGGGCGUGAAGGAGGAGGGGGAUCAAGGCUUCAUGGAUGAGUUUAUCAGCCCCAGCGUCAGUCAGAGGACCAGUCCGGAGCCGGAAUCGGAUCGAGAGUUCGAGGAGAGUGACGAGGAAGACCAUGGACAUCACCAUAGCCAUGGAUCCGGCCGCGAGAAUGGGGAUGGCAAGCUAAGAAAGCGUUGAUUGUAAUAGAUUCUGUUGGAGUAGACUUGUAUCUAUACCGCCUCCCGAUGGUUAAAAUACCUUGGUAUCUAGCAUGGUUGGUCGUCCGAUGGAUUCCCUUCUCCUGAACUGUGAAUCGUGGCUCUGCAACUGGUUACCUAUGAGUGGUCCUGAGUAUUCCCUUAGCUCGGGAUCAAAAUGACUCGAGUAGGUGUGUAUGUCUCAACUUCAUGCCAUCCAAGGGCUUGCUUCUUGCCUCUACUA